GAGUUAGGCUCGUACUGUGGGGAGAGUACGGAGCACGCCUAGCCCUGCGCAUGCAGACAGUGCGCGCGUGUGUUAUGAGGGGUGGGAGGAGUGGUCUCUGUUGCCCAUGCCUGGUCGCUUGGCUCGCUGCCCCGCCCGGGAGCGGGGGAUUCAUACAUUUUUUCCUAUAACUUAAAAGAAAAUGAGUGCAUCUAGUGUUGCAGGAAAAGUGGAAACCUGGCUUUCUUCUGCAUGGCAUGUUAAAGUUCCUCUGACGUGGCUAGAAGCUUGUAUUAACUGGAUCCAACAAGAAAAUGGUUGUAAUUUAACUCAAGCUCAGAUUAACAAACAGGUAUUUGAGCAGUGGCUUCUUACAGAUCUGAGAGAUUUGGACUAUCCUGUUUUGCCUAACUGCAUCUUAGAUGGUCCAAAAGGAGAACUGAAUGGCUUUUAUUCCAUACAGAUUGAUUCACUGGUGGAUGUUAGCCAGCCUGCGUAUUCCCAGUUGCAAAAGAUAAGAGGAAAAAAUACUGUAAAUGAAGAAGUAACAGCCAACACUCAGGCACCCCAAAAGUCCUGGGAAGCAAAGCCUACUCGAAUGCUGAUGCUGCAGCUAACUGAUGGAAUACAUCAAAUUCAGGGUAUGGAAUACCAACCCGUUCCUGUCCUCCAUAGUAAUCUUCCUCCAGGUACAAAAAUUACAAUACAGGGUAACAUUGCAUAUCGUCUUGGAGUUCUUUUGCUAAAAUCAGAAAAUGUGAAAUUGUUGGGGGGCGAAGUAGAAGCUCUUUUAGAGGAGUAUGCUCAGGAAAGAGUCCUUGCCAGGUUAAUUGGAGAAGCUGAGAACCCUAAUCCUAUCAAGCAGCAUGAUCAUAAACAAGGAAUUUUAGGAGCUGUUGAUGAACUAGGACAAACUCUAGGACCUUCAGAUGAAGAGCUUCUAGCAAGUCUUGAUGAAAAUGACGAAUUUACCAUAAAUCAUGCGAUUCCUUUAGAAAGUGGAUAUUGUAGCAGAAGUAACAACUCAGAUACAGCCACUCAUUUGCUCCUUUCAAGCAAUGAAAACUACUCACAACAGGGAUUUGGGAUCCUCUUGCCUGGGGCAAAUGAAGAACGAAGUGUUCCAGCUGUGGAGUAUGUUGAUGGAGAUUUAGAUGACCUGUCAUUGGAAGAUGACUUGUUUUUAGAAGAGGAGAUCCAAGAAGAAAUUCAGACAGUGCAGUCACCGGUCGUAAACAAAACCAUAGAUAUAAUUACACAAAGAUUUUCACAUAUGCCUAGAUCUUCACUAAGUUACACAUCUGAAAAAGAUGGCAGAGUUCAGUUGGAUUCAGUUAGCAAAGAAAAAUCCUGUGGGAGAGAACUGUCUGUUGGUGAUGAAAGUAGUACAAGUAAUUUUUCACUACACCAUAAUGUACAACACUCCCAGAGCUUUAGCAAUGAUUUCUCCUUGGAAAAUGUUCUUGAACAGAAGUGUAAUAAAAUAGAUGUAGUUAAGAGCAGUCAAAAAAAUUGUAGUUUUUCUGGCAACAAAUUGUUAAACAAAAGACCAGUUAAAAAAACUGAUUCAGAGAUAAACAAACAAACUUAUUGUGUACAAACCUUUUCUUACAGAACAACAGAGAAAUGCAAAAGUCUUGAGUUAGAUUCCCCACCUUUUACAUAUAUUUCUGUUCUACUCGCAAAUACCCCAGAAACUGUUACAACAGUGAAAGUUAAAGCUUUUAUUGUAACCCUUACUGGAAAUCUCACGAGCAGCAGUGGCUUCUGGAGUAUAAUGGCAAAAAUCUCUGACAGUACCGCUUAUCUAGAGGUAGACAUUGCUGAUGAAAUUCUAACAAGCUUAAUUGGAUUUCCAGUGCCUGAAAUGAAACAGUUAAGGAAAGAUCCCAUUCUACAUCAAAAGCUUAAGGAUGGUUUACAGAAAUGCCAAAGAGAACUGAUAGAUCUUUGUUGUUUGAUGACUAUUGAAUUUAACCCCUUUCAAUCUAAAGCAACAGUACUAAUUUUACAAGAUGUUGAUGCAGUAGAUCUAGAAAACUUGAAGAAACGUUUAGAUAAAUAA